GCGUUUACUACACGUCCUGCCAUCUAUUGUCCACUCCGCGUUUUACUCUAUUUAUAAAAAUUCUAAUAUUAAUCAUAAGUGUCUAAUACUAACAGCCACACGUGGGUGACCAAAAAGUUUGUGUGUGUUAUUUUCUGCAAAUCUGCGAAAUGGGGCGUAAAAACAAAGUUUCCAAGAUCUCACAGCCGGUGAAAAGCAAGACCCAACGUAACCUCACUCCGUCUCAACUCGAACUCGAAGAACUAAUCGAUAAGUUGCUCAGAAUAAGUACACUACCUCAACAGCCUACCGUUCAAAAAUCUCUAGAAAAUCAGAAAGAGAUUAGCAAUAUUACUGAAAGGGUAAAAAAGCUCGAGGUUGAUAAAGAUGCAAAAAGCUCAGUCGAUAACCGUGCAAUUGGCGCCACCGUUGGUAAUUUUAUGAAGUGGGCGAGUGAAAACGGCGCGCAAUUAAAUGGGUGUUCAAUUGAGGAGUUUGAAGGGUAUGGAUUGGGGGUUAAAGCAAAUGUUGAUAUAGCAGAGUCGAGUUUGGUCAUUGCUGUACCGAGGAAGUUAAUGAUGAGUGUGGAAAAUGCCAAAGAAAGUAUUCUCAAAGACUUGAUUGAAAAGGAUAAGAUCUUGGGGAGUAUGCCGAAUGUGACUUUGGCCAUAUUUCUACUACUUGAAAAGUUUAAAGGAGACUCGUUUUGGAAGCCCUACAUUGAUAUUUUGCCAAAGAAGUAUACUACAGUAUUGUACUUCAGUAUUGACGAAUUGGAGGAACUUAGAGGAAGUCCGACUCUUGAAAUCGCUCUAAAACAGAUAAAAAGUAUCUCACGACAAUAUGCCUAUUUUUACAAACUUUUUGCAACCUCGGAUGACCCUGUCAGCAAGAUCAUGCGGACUCGGUUUAGUUACACCGAAUAUUGUUGGGCAGUUUCUACUGUGAUGACACGUCAAAACACCAUCCCUUUCCAAGAGAAUUACUACGCUCUUAUACCAUUAUGGGACAUGUGCAACCACACAAACGGAACUAUAUCGACAGCUUACAACCCGGUCCUCGAUCGCAGCGAAUGUUUAGCGGUAAAAAACUUCAAAGCCGGAGAACAAUUAUUCAUUUUCUACGGAAGCAGAAGUAACGCCGAUCUUUUUGUUCACAACGGAUUUGUGUUCGAAAACAACGAUUACGAUUGUUAUUGGAUCCGUUUGGGGAUAAGCAAGUCUGACCCUCUGCAACAGAAGAGGAAUCAUUUGUUGAGUAAAUUGUCGAUAUCGAGCACUUGCGACUUUUCUAUUAGAAAAGGUGCGAAACCGAUCGACGGCCAGCUGUUGGCCUUCUUGCGCGUUUUCAACAUGAACGAGGAACAACUCGAUCAUUGGAUAAACAGCGACAAAAGCGCCGAUUUGGGGUACAUCGACUGUGCUCUAGACACGGCUUUGGAAGCAAAAUCGUGGCGGUUUCUUCACGCUAGGCUUAAGCUUCUUUUAUCAACAUACAAAACGACAUUGGAAGAAGACGAGAAAUUUAUAUCAGAAGCUCAAGCAACGCCUAAUCGCCUUAUGGCGAUAAAAAUGAGGACGACGGAGAAACGCAUCAUCCGAGAAACACUCGAAUAUGUGGAACAGUACAUCCAACAUUAAUUUUUUGUGAAAAUAAAACAAAUAAACGAUAAACAAGU